GGAAGGAUUAGAGGAGGUAAGGUUACUGAGGGUGCGAAAACCUCGUUGGGUGUUCUGAAAAUAUCUGACACGGCGCUUUUUAAUCUUUUCCGUCCACCGUUCGCGUCACGAUGGGAGGAGAAUCUGGCGCUCCAGCCGCGGAGGCGGUGGAGGUAGACGAGGAGCGGCGAGCCGCGCUACUGCGGCGGAUAACGGAGGAGGGCGGUUUCGCGUUCGUGAGCUCGGCGGAGAAGGCGGCUGGCGGCGACCUCCGGGCGGCGGAGGCGGCACGCGAGAUGGCGUGGGAGCAACUCCACUCGGGGCCCUGGCACGAGGUCGUCCCUGCGUGGCGGGACGCCUACGCGAUGGCGUGCCUCCACGUGGCGGAGCUCCGGGCCGGGGCCGGGGCCGGCGACAGGAGGGAGGCCCUCCGGGCGCUCGACAUGGGGCUCAUCAUGGGCGGCCCGCUCCUCCGCCGCGACCUCGACGAGGCCGUGCAAAGGAUCGCGGCGUGCGCCGAGGACGUGGUGGUGGCCGACGGUUGCACGGACAAGUGGAGGGAGGGGAUCUCCAACAACCGAGACCUAGCAGAGGCACUUCGAAUAUUGCCAAACAAAUCACUAUCCUCUAAGAAAGUUGAGAAACGGCCAUCCCUUUCACUGGAGACAUUUAUAUGUGAUUAUUUUUUACAUGAUUCCCCGGUUAUCAUCAGUGGAUGCAUUGAUCAUUGGCCGGCACGGACAAAGUGGAAGGAUAUAGCGUAUUUACAGAGGGUAGCAGGAGAUCGAACUGUCCCAGUUGAGGUUGGGAAGAACUAUCUCUGUUCUGAAUGGAAGCAAGAGCUAAUUACUUUCUCACAGUUUCUUGAGAGGGUUCAUUCAAAUAACUGCCCUUCCAACUUGACAUAUCUGGCUCAGCAUCCUUUGUUUGAUCAGAUACAAGAGCUACGUGAUGAUAUAAUGAUUCCCGACUAUUGCUUUGCUGGUGGUGGGGAACUCCGAUCCCUUAAUGCUUGGUUUGGUCCACUUGGUACAGUGACACCAUUGCACCAGGAUCCUCAUCAUAAUCUUUUUGCACAGGUGAUUGGCAGAAAAUACAUAAGACUUUAUCCAGCUUCAGCAUCAGAGAGCUUGUAUCCUCAUACGGAAUCCAUGCUUAGCAAUUCCAGCCAGGUUGACCUCGACAACAUUGAUUUCACAGAGUUCCCAAAGGUGGAAAAUCUUGAUUUCUUCGACUGUGUCUUGGAGGAAGGUGAAAUGCUUUACAUUCCACCCAAAUGGUGGCAUUAUGUGAGAUCACUUUCUACCAGUUUCUCUGUCAGUUUUUGGUGGAGCGCAACAGCCUAUCCCUCUGAAGGUGCAUAGUAUUAGUGUUCCUUGCCAUUCCAUAGCCUUUUUGGACGGGGGUUGUAUGAGAGGAAAUCAUGGAAUCACAGGAUUAAUUAUGUUGGACUCUAUUUGUAUACACAGAGGACCCACUAUUUGGGAUCCAUCAUUACAAGAUUUAGUUUUGUUGGUCUAUCACAGGGUGUAUCUUAAUCUAUACACACCUUUAGCCUGUAAUAUCGCAUUUGUGUUUUGUCUAUCGAAUUGAAGUUAAGAGCAGCACUACUACUGACUACUUUCCCCCCA